CGGUGCGUUGCGCCUCACGAGUAAUUCAUCUUCUUCUUCCUCAGUAGGGUUUUACAGGGUUUUCUCUUUUCACUAACUCUAAAUCAAACACUGCUACAAUGUAUUGCAUCUUCAUAUGACACCAUUUAUCGUCACCAACAACGUUGUUUCUAUCGACACCUCACAACAUCAUCGUACACGGUACGCUAUAUCGCCCCUUUCACGUUUUUUCACUGUUCUUCAAUUUCAACAACCCGCAUGUUUUCAAUUCGAUGGAUAUCCAUAAAUUUUUUAGCUUAAAGAAUUUCUGGAAGCUUCCAUUGCAACGAAACUUCGUUGUUAUAUUGGAAAAAUCAUGUUUGUUGUUGUUGAGCGUUUCUGAGUUGCAGAGAUGAUGGGUUGGAAUUCUAACCAUGAAUUCAAUAGCCCUUUUAGGUUUAAGGAAAAGGGUCGUCCACAAAUUUUUUCAUUGUUUUGUUAUUUCACGGAGAUUGUGUAAGGAUACGUUUGCUGGUAGUAAUAAUAAUGGGUUUGAAUGUAUUGAGGAGCCUUUGAAGAAAAUAGUUUCUGAUUUUGAUUCUAAUUUGGACAAAGGGUUUCAUUUGAAUGAGGAUUCGAAUUUUGAUCAAAAUCCAUUUUCGCUUAGACAAGGGUUCAUUGAAAGUGUGAAGUUAGAUGCUAAGAGGGCUCUUGAGGUUCUUAGACAAGAUGGUCCUGGUUUAGAUGCUAGGUUGGUUUUAGAGGAGUUGGGUAUAAGACCUUCGGGUAUUCUUGUUAGAGAGGUUCUCUUUGGAAUUUUGAAGAAUAUAAAUAGUGAGAAUAAGACCAGGUGUGCAAAGCUGGCUUAUAAGUUUUUUGUGUGGUGUGGUCAGCAGGAGGAUUAUCGGCACACAGCGAAUGCCUAUCACUUGAUUAUGAACAUAUAUGCUGAGUGCAAAGAGUUUAAGGCGUUGUGGAGGUUGGUCGAUGAGAUGAUUGGGAAAGGUUAUAAGGCUACUGCUCGUACUUUCAAUAUUUUGAUUCGUACUUGUGGCGAGGCGGGCUUGGCUAAGACAUUGGUGGAGAGGUUCAUAAAAUCGAAGUCCUUUAACUAUAGGCCUUUUAAGCAUUCCUAUAACGCAAUUCUACACAGUUUUCUCGUGCUAAAUCAGUACAAAUUGAUUGAGUGGGUUUAUGAACAGAUGUUGCUUGAUGGUGGUUUUUCAUCAGAUAUUUUAACUUAUAAUAUUGUCAUUUAUGCCAAGUACAGACUUGGAAAGGUGGAUCAGGUCCUCACACUGCUUGGUGAGAUGGAUAGAAAUGGAUUUUCUCCAGAUUUUCAUACCUACAACAUUCUUCUUCAUGCUAUCAGUAAAGGGGAUAUCGGUAAAGGGGAUCUCGAUAAAGAGGAUCUCGGUAAAGAAAAGGAACAAUUUAAAGCUCUUAAACUUUUGAAUUACAUGAGAGAAACAGGUAUAGAGCCUACUGUACUUCAUUUCACCACAUUGAUAGAUGGAUUCAGCAGAGCCGGGAAAUUGGAUGCUUGCCAAUAUUUUUUCAAUGAAAUGAAAAAGAAUGGGUGCAUGCCAGAUGUGGUGGCUUAUACUGUUAUGAUAACCGGAUAUGUAGUGGCACGUGAGCUUGAGAAAGCGCAGGAAAUGUUUGAAGAAAUGCUUUCCAAGGAACUAGUCCCAAAUGUUUUUACAUACAAUUCCAUGAUUCGGGGAUUAUGCAUGGCAGGGAAAUUCGAUGAAGCAUGCUCAAUGUUCAAGGAAAUGGAAAGGAAAGGUUGUAGUCCAAACUCUGUUGUCUAUAUUACCUUAGUGAGUUGUUUGCGGAAUGCUGGAAGGGUUGCUGAUGCUCGUGAGGUGAUAAAACAAAUGACGGAGACAGGGAAGUAUGCCCAUUUACUUUCAAGAUUCAAAGGGUAUAAGAUGUAGUCUUAAACAAGAUUUUUAAAUCGAACAUGUUAUCUCAUGGAGCAUUGACUCUUGGUUUGGUUAACUUAGGCCAAUUACCUGCUACAUCUUCGGCUGGUUAGAUGCUGGAGAAAAGAAGUUAUAACAGGAGCUGGCCAAUAUGGAGAUAAUCAAUGCUGCCAAAUCUUAGCAGGAUAGUAAGCUUUAUACUGGUGGAGGUACUUCAAUUUUCUGCUUAUGGUACUCACAAUUCAGAUUUCAGAGUCCUCAUCAUCCAAGAUUUGGGGAUUAAGUGUUUGUGUAAUUUGCUUCAGUGUGUCAUCGAAUCUCAUUGAUUCUAGUAAUUGGUAUUGUUUUUAUGCCAGAAUCAUUCCAUUUCAGUAUCAGCAUUCUUCAGAUUCACAUUCAUCAUAGCACCAUGUGUAUCAAGAUUGGAAGGAGCUGAUGCCAAUAAUGCAGAAGAGAAUUUCGUUCACAAACUGAAAUAAUCAAAUUCAUUUGAAUGUCAAAGUGCGACUGUGUUGAAAAAGGGAGCCGGAACCAUUAUAUGUUGAUUUCACGUUCAGGGUAAUUUAACAUUAUUCCCCAUAGUCAUGCCGAAGUUCGUUUUUUAUGAAAUUUCAGCAUUAUGAAGACAUUUAGGUGAUUAAUGAUGGUUAAAUCUUUAAACCCAGUUACCUACGAUGCAAGAAUUUACAGUCACAGAGCAAGGGCCUCUAUUUUUCAUAUGAAUUGAUCAUAAUUAUCUCCUUUCUUUUU